AUGCGCGCCGACGCGCGCGCGGGCGAAGGCGCGAGACUGUUGGCGGCGUUCGCGACGCGCGUCGUCCCGCGAUUGGCGCGCGCGCGCGCGCACAAGGGGUCGCACGGCGGGAAGAUCGCCGUCGUCGGUGGGAGCGAACUGUACGCGGGCGCGCCGUACUUCGCGAGCGCGGCGGCGAUGCGCGCGGGGUGCGAUCUGUGUCACGUGUUCACGCACGCGAAAUGCGCGCCGGUGAUGAAGGGGUACGGGCCGGACCUGAUCGUGCACGAGGCGUGGUCGCGGGACGCGCGCGAGGCGACGCGCGGAGCGAAGACGGAGACAGAGACGGAGAACGAACGAUCGAUCGAUCUCGUCGAGGCGUUCGGGAGGUUUAGGAUCGAUAACGCGGUGAUCGGACCGGGAUUGGGGCGCGGGGCGGCGCUGGAGGCGGUGGAGGCGCUGAGAGAGGUCGCGGCGGCGUGCGUCGUGGACGCCGACGGGUUGAAGGCGCUGGAACCGACGAGCGCGGACGAGGACGGCGCGGAGGCGGCGCGAGGGAGAAAUCCGACGGCGCUGGCGACGCCAAAUAAGAUGGAACUGUGGCGAUUGGUGCGAAAGGCGUCGGGGGCGUUCGAGGGGGGGGUGACGACGAUGGAUUUGAGCGCGCGCGAGGACAGGGAGAAAAUAGCGAGCGCUCUGCGACGGUACGCCGGCUAUAAUUUCCUCGUCAAGGGCGAAGACGAUUACUUAUUCAUUCAACACUGGGACGUCGCGCCGUCGGUGUGCGACAGCGAGCGCGCGGCGAGCGGCGACGCGUCGAUCGUUCGGCUCCGUUUCGACGGCGUCGGCUCGCCGAAACGUUCCGGCGGUCAGGGCGACAUUCUCGCCGGCGUCCUCGCGGUUUUUCUCCUCUGGUCCCAGCGCACGGACGCCACGACCGCGAGCAAUCGUUUAGACGAUUACGUCGCCGCCGUCGGCGCGGCGUGUUUCCUCGUGAAAGCCGCCUCGAGCGCGGCGUAUCGCGAGUACGGUCGCGGCGCGCACGCGCAAGACGUCCUCGCGCGCGUCGCCUCGACGUUCAUGGCGCAUUUAGAACCCGAUCUCUCCUAG